AAUCGAUUUCCAAGUGGCGCUGUUUAGUGACGUAGAAGUGCCACGCAAUUACCGUGCGCCGUGGUGAAACAUGGCUGAGAAGAAGGGGAGCUCGCAGGGGUCAGCACCCAAGUAUGCGCAACGCAUUGAUCCCAAGAAAGAUAAGCUUAGCCCUGAACAGCAACAGUCCAUGAGGAGGGCGGAGGUAGCGCAGUGGGGAAGAAAUGUUGGGAAACUGCGGAGUAGGAACCUAAUAACCGGACUUGCUAUUGGUGGCAUCGUUUUGAGUAUAUGUAUCCUUUUCCGAACUUCAUGUUAAUAAUGCGAUUAGCCUAAUGAGGAAUUAAUGUCGCCAGUGUGUUCGGGCAUAAAUAGUUGUUUAAUUUAGGCAGAGGCAAGGUUUAGCACGAUUUCGCUGGUGAGUUGCAUGCCCUUGCUUUUGAACUUGAACCUGUCAAGCUGUUUUGAGAUGUAGCAACACAAAUGGUAGUUGUAGAGUCAUGUCUUAAGUAGCCCUAUAUUUAACAUAGGUCGACCAAAUGUUUGUUAAUGUCGGUUAUAAGAACUUUGCUGAUUAAGGGUAGAGCUCAGCUUAUUUUAUUUUUUUAAUAGUUUAACAUUUUUAAUGUUCUUUCCAUGCUUUAUUAAGGAAAUUUGAUAGUUGCUACUUACCCGGACUUGCCUUCAGUAGCAGUUUUUGCAAAGUUAGAGGGUUAUUCCCGAAAAAGUGAGAAUUCAAAGGUCUAACUAGCCAAAUUGAAAAUAAAAAAUUCUCUAAGUUAGCUGUGCUUUCAUUUCAUCUACUCCUGCAUUUGUAUAUAUUUUUUUGCUACUUAAAUGCGACCUCCGUAAGUUUUUAUGUACAUCCAUGACUUUCAGAAAUAAUCCACAUGUGUAUUUUGUUUUGUUUUAUUUUAUGUUAGUGAUUUUAAAUUAAAGUCCCUAAGCAUAGUUAUAUGGUCAAUAUCACAGCUGUAGCAGCCAUCAUCAAAAUGAAAAACAAAUACAUUCAAAUCUUAUUUAGGUAUUCAAAGCGGUUUAUUGAGCCAGGCAAAAACACUCAAAAGUAUGCUUGAAAAUGCAAUAAACAUAUUGGACACGCAGGUCCUAACGUCAGUGCAAACAUAGUAAAUAGCGUGAUACAGCGAUAUAGUUUUCUGUAAUGCAGGCUAAAUACCAGCGUACUGUGCAUCGGUGCACAGUGAUAGCAGCGACAGUGUCUUGACCAACUCCUUGCAACAGGAGUAAAGGUUGUUGCUCACAUGCAAUACAACAUUAACCAGUAAACAGUACCUAAUGGGUAUAGAGCGGACAAUGAUUGUGCGGCAAUAGGUAUGCGGAGUAUCUAUUAACGACGGUGUCUGUGAGCGGAUAAAUUCUGGCCCUCCCUUCUAGGUGGAGGGCAGCAAUUGUAGGAGCUUGGAAAGGGAAAAAUAAAGGCUGAAGUCAUAGCAAAGAAAAUGAAUGGGCCAAUGAAAGAACGACACUGGGAGAGAAGAAGGUGGAAAGGGGGGGGGGCAGAAGCUGGGAGCUAGCCCACAAGCCUGGAGUGUGCAGCCAUGUGGUGGUUAAGGUAUGAAGGAUGUAUCUGUCAAGAGGGCGGUCCAGAAGCGGGAUAGGAGUGAUCCAACUCCUUUUCUUAUGCCAGUGUCUCCGCACCCCCCCAUAUAAGCCAACCACGGCCACCACCUCUCCACUUGCAUCUCCUAUGGGACAAGGGGGGGUGAUCACUAUGGGACAAGGGGAGGGAGUGAUCACUGAAGAAGAGGGAGGGGAGAGGAACAUUAAGCAGGGGGGACCACUAAAAGAGAAGGGAAAUUUUUCAUAUUAGAUUGAAUUCAUUAAAAAGUCAAAUAACAUUUUAGGAAAAAAACUUAUUUUAAAUUUGGGGAAACAAGUCCUUUUCGGCCAAAGGCAUCCUGAAAGGAUGCUCAUCAAUGUGCCCCUAAUUACGCUUUUGUGGGCUUCAUAGAUUGUGGUCGCGGUGAGUUUGCCCGGUGUGUUCAGUUCAAAGUAGGAGGUAAGAGCUUCAGACACUUGUUUUCUAGCUUUCAGGUCUAGUGGAAGUGAAUUGCGCAGGCGCCAUGACCAAGUGUCCAGGCGUGUCUGCGGUCAAUCCAUCUCCAGGACCACCAGGCCGUGGUCCGAUCUCUGCUGUUUGGAUGGUUGAAGUUGUUCUUGUAGUAGGAAUAUAUAUUAUAUUCUCGAGUAUAGUCUGUGGAACGCAGAGUAAUGGGUGUAUUCUUAAUCCUCCGGCUGCAUUGCUCUCCAGCAAUUUACCAGUCUCUGAUUCUGUAAAGCCCCUUGCACUAUGCUGCUAUGGCCCGUGGAAGAGUCAACUAGAGGAUGCAGGGGAACGUUAAAGUUGCCUCCCAAAAGCAACGUCUUGAGAUUGAUUAUUAUUAGGUACGUAUAUUGUUGCAAACGUGUAUCUGCGGUCCUGAAUAUCUCCUUCAAGAAGAGGUACCUGCCACCUUGAUCUAUUACUCUGUCCAUCUCUUGGCAUUGUAACCUUGCCUCCAGGAGUAUAGCUACUCCCGCUUUACGUGCUGUAGGGUGGUUACUGCAGAUGGCCUUGGGGUAUUGUUUGCUUUUCAAGAGUGGUGCUGCCCCUGCCUUAAAGUGUCUUUCCUUUAUGAAUGCUAUGGAGAUGCGACGCCUAUGCACCUGUCCCCAACAUCCCCCAUAAUGCUGCCAUGAAUAAUGAUCAGGAAAAGAAAAUUACAGUAAGUAUGAAAAAUUUUCCAUAUUCCUAAUCAAUCGUGGCAACACGGGGGGGGGUGUGUGUGUGUGUGUGUGUGUGUGUGUGUGUGUGUGUGUGUAUGUGUAUGUAUAUAUAUAUAUAUUUUAUAGAGAGCGGGACAGAGUUCAAAUAUAACUAAUAGUUAUAAAAGUCAUCAUUGAGCUGCAUAAACCUUAGACUUAAAAAAAGCCAAACAGUAAUAAAUAGGAUAUUGUCAAAGAAUCUGUUCAGACAAGUAAAAUUACCCAAGGGGCUUCAAGGUCAGCAACCACCUGGUAUUCAAAUGUCAGAAAUAUCCUGGAGAAAUAUAGAGCCAGAUAGGCAUUAAGGUCAUGCUAACCAAACAUAUUAAAGAAACAAGGUUAGACUAAUACAAUACAGAUUCCUCUAAGAAAAAGACACCCGUCCUGUUAUAGAUAAUAAAAAACUAAAUUUGAUAAACUCCAUAAAACCAAGACCCGGUCUAGAAUUAUAGACCUAUAAUGUCCUUCACAAAAAGAAAAUGCAAUACCAAAUGGAUGGCGGUAUCAAACAGAAGUGUCAGAUGAAAACGGUCACCGCCUGUUUUAUAGCAGGGUGAGAAUUAAGCUGAAAAUCCUAUUAUUUUCUGGAUGUAUUUAUUGAGGAAGAUUCAGACUGCUUCGUCUUGCUUAGGGAACUACACACCUGUAGAUACAAGAAAUAGAAUAAUAUCUGCCUGUAAGAGAAAGGCAGAGCCUAGUAGAGAAAUGUCUGUUAUUAAAACACAGCAAUAAUUAUGUUUAUAUAGCGCCAACAUAUUUCCGCAGCGCUUUACAGUGGGUGGACAAACAAACAUGUAGUUGUAACCAGACAAGUUGGACACACAGUCACAGAGGAGUUGAGGGCCCUGCUCAAUGAGCUUACAUGCUAGAGAGAGUGGGGUAAAGUGGCACAAAAGGCAAGGAUAGUAUUAGACUAAUGACAGUUGCAAGAGAGGAAUCAGUUGGGAGCUAUGACUAUAUAUUGCAAAAAUCAGACUCAACAAUACCUCCCACUGUGAAUGAAUUGUUUGAUACAGUAAUGAACAUUUACAGGAGAGGUAGAAACUAGAGUUGAGCGGACACCUGGAUGUUCAGGUCGGGCGGGUUUGGCUGCACUUAAAAAAACGGGAUAGAACUUUUGGGCAUAAAAAUGCCUCUAAAAAAGUCCUGGAAUGGGCUAGAGGGCUGCAAAAGGAAGUAAAAUGGGGGUAAGAGUAGGAUAAGUGCCCUGCAAACAAAUGUGGAUAGGGAAAUUACUUAAAAUAACACAAAAUUCAUACAAAUAAAAAAUAUAGCUGAGCCAUAAAAUAGCACUAGAUGGAAUAUUUGAUUUUAGCUUUGGAAGAACAUAAAUCAAAAUCUAAAGCAUGGCUGUCAGGAAGAUCACCAGAAUUAUCCAUUUGAGAGGGUUGGAUGGUAUUCUCUUUCAUUGUUGAAACUUAGCUCAACUCCUGAUGCAUGGAGAAAAGGCCUUCACAAGCCUCUGCCUUUGUGUACAUAGUUUAUACUAAGUAACCCAUAGGUUGAGGAGGCGGUGACCUUGGCGGUGUAGGUGGAAGCAGCGGUGGAGGAAGAGGAGGUAGCCAACACUGGUAGCCCCCAAAAUAUUGGGACAUAUAAAAAAAAAACUCUGUUCCGCAGAGCAACUGACCCGUGCGUGCUGCAGCUGAAACUCCACUAUCGCCUGCUGCUGCUCGUACAGUCUCAUGAGGCGUUGAGCGGGAAGGCCGAAGUUGCAGGGUGAGAAUGCCAAAAGUGCGCACAGGCGGCUCGCCAUUUCUGCAGCAGCUCUGAUAUAUCUGGGUAGUUUUUCAGGAGUUUCUGCACCACCAAAUUCAGCACAUGCGCCAGGCAAGGGAUGUGCGGCAAAUCGGCUAGUCCAAGAGCUGAGAGCUGCUAUGAGAUUUUACCCAUUAUCACACACCACCAGGCCGGGCUUGAGGCUCAGUGGCAACAACCACUCAUCGGUCUGUUGUUUCAUGCUCAUCCACAGCUCCUGUGCGGUGUGGGGUUUUUCCCCCAAACAUAUGAGUUUGAAAACAGCCUGCUGUCGUUUCCCCCUGGCUGUGCUGAAGUUGGUGGUGAAGGUGUUACGCUGACCGGAUGAGGAGGUGGUAGAGGAGGAGGAGGAGGAGGAGGAAGAAGCGGAGUAGGAGGAGGCAACAGGAGGCAAAGCUGUGUACCCAAAUAAAGAUUGAACUGUGUCCCAUCCGGAUACUGGGGAAAUGGUUCUGACCUAUUCUAAUCAAAGGGGUAACCAUCGGUUUCCCAUGUCCCUGCCAACAGACCCAUGGACUACAGUGCUCUAAAGCAACCUACACUGCAGGACUUGUGUGGAGCCAGAGGAAUAACGCAUGCAGUCACCCCCGAGCAAUACGCCGAAAGUUUAGGGAGACCCGGAAAGGGGAGAAGGACUCCCAUGCGGAGUGGGCAUGCCGCAUCACAAGGUCCACCCAGAACUGGCUCAACUCCCAUCAAGCCAAGUUCCCAGAGAUCACCCAGCUCGUCAUGCUAGAGCACUUUUUCAAUGGGCUCCCGAACGACAAGGCGACGACGCAUUCGUAUGUCAUCAACUUUCGAUGCCACUUUCUGCGCCUACCAUGGUGACCACAGGUAACGGUGAAUCAGGUUUCGAUUCCGGAGAGGGAGCCUGAGAAAUGGCUACCACGUGCAAGGAAGGCAGCAGGCGUGCAAAUGACCCACUCCCGCCGCGGGAAGGUAGUGACGACAAAUAACAAUACAGGACUCUUUAGAGGCCCUGUAAAUGUAAUGAGUCCACUUGAAAUCCUUUUAACUCUGAUCAAUUGGAGGGCAAGUCUGGUGCAGAGCGACUGACCCGUGCGUGCUGCAGCUGAAACUCCACUAUAGUCUGCUGCUCGCACUGUCUCGGUGAGCGGGAAGGCCGAAGUUACGUCAGGCGAGUAGCAGCAGGGUGAGAACACUGAAAGCGCCCACAGCAGCUACAGUGAAUGUCACAUCCUGUUCCAAGUUGCAGAUCAGUCUUGUGAUGGCUUCUGGUUUCCAGUACUCUUUUUACUGAAGUUGCAUCAGGGUCCUGGUAUGUGGCCGCACAAAAACUGGUUACCCUGUACCAGACCCUGCUAAUCCAUUUCACACUGUGACUCCUAACUUCAACAUCAGGCAUACUGGGUCCCGGUCAUCUGACCGCCACCCAGACAGUGUCUCUGUGCGACCAGCGCCUCUUCCUCCAAACUGCACACGUCACUCGCAUGACCUUGAUUCCAUGUGGGGUCUAGGACCUCCUCAUCCUCCACAUCAUCUUCCACGCACUCCUCUACCCUCCAUGCUGGUCUGCACACUGCAGAAAGCCACAGCAGUUGGCGCCUGUGUUUUUCCAGCAUGUAAACUCUGCAAAGGACGUAUUGGUUUAGGACGUAUUGUUUUAGAAUUGUAUCCAGGCAACAGUUUUCCCUAUAAACUGACUUGUGAGGGUAUUGCCCCCGAAUUACAAUAUUGUUAUAUUGGUAUUUGACGGUUCUAUUUGACUGUCAGAUAUGAAGUGCAGGCCGCAAAUGGUACUAUUUAGCACCCCAAAAAAAUAUGAAUUGGUCAAACUGCGCUGUAACCACAAUAUUUGACGGUUCUAUUUGACUCUCAGAUAUGAAGUGCACCUGUAACGGACCGUUUCAGCACACAAGGGGUUAAAACAGUUUAGGCGAUCGUCCCCUUUCAGAGAUGCAGGCACAGCUACUGUAGAACACCAAACUCCCGAACCGCAUGUAAGGGAAUACUUCAAACUCCCGAACGGCAUACAAUAUAGCACUCCAAACUCACGAACUGGAACCAUACGAAUAGCUGCUAUCAGACGAAUAGGAAAAGCACCCAAGCGGCUUACACUCCUAGCAAUCAGUCUCUAUCAGCAUUCAGUAACUAUUAAAAUACACUACGUGACACAAGUUACACUAAAACUAUACAUUUAACAUAUCCCCAGAUAGCUCAGGUCUGAGCGCACAUUAUUGAGCGAAUGGCGCUCAGACCACACAAAUACAGUUUAAUCGCCAUGGAGCCAAAGUCUUCACAAAGUCAGUUCUCAUACGAAUGAGCUCCAUGGGAUUCCUAUCUGGGGUAUAGUGCAGUCAGGUACAACUACCGAAUACCGGGCCGUUCGUGCACUUCCACCAAACAAGAAGGGCGGUCGGCGGCUUCAGCGGUGUUAGCUCCAAACUGUGUCCAUUUUUAGUUCCAUGAGUUAAGCAUCGAACACCGCUGUGCGUCUGCGUGUUAACAAUGGCCGCGACCUUGUGUUCGGUAUACGAAUGACGGCCACCCAGUAUUCGUCAAUUAAGCUGCGGUUAACCGCAGCUUCUGGGAGGCUAAUUGCUGGCACACUCCAGCUCCCGGUGGUCUAGUCAUUCGUGCGGUUGUUCGGUAGAUUGAAUCUACCGAACACGGUGCAGAAAAGCGCGAAUAAGUCUUUUCUGCAGGGGAAACAAAGUCUUUUAACAUGGGGCCAUAAUCCAAAGGCAGCAAGCGAGCAACCAGGCUUCUCCAAUGCAAUGUGGUGAGGUUGCUCUUGUCACAGCACCGCAGGCAGCAAAUGUACUAUUUAGCACCAAAAAAAUGUGAAUGUUUAAAACUGUCACAGCACUAUUAGACACUUCUAUUUGACUCUCCGAUCUGAAGUGCAUGGCCUAUAUUUACUAUUUAGCAUAUUAGCACCCAGAAAAUAAUAAUGUUUACAAUUGCGCUGUAACCGCAGUAUUUGACGCUUCUGUUUGACUCUCAGAUUUUAAGAGCACACUCCAAAUUUACUAUUUAGCAGAUAAGCACCAAAACAAUUAGAAUUUUUACAACUACGCUGCAACCGCAGUAUUUGACGCUUCUAUUUGACUCUCAGAUAUGAAGUGCACACCAAAUGUACUUUUUAGCACCAAAAAAAAAAAAUUUUGAAACUCUGAUGUAACCAUAGUAUUUGACUCUGAUAUGAAGUGCACUAGUUUACAGAAUUCUUUCCUAAUCUGUCCCUGAAAGAGGCCGCAUCCUCUCCCUCCACUAAUAAGAGCUCAUAUGACGUGCGGCGCUACGUGACUCCAGCUUAUAUAUAGAGGCUGGGUCACAUGCUGCACUGGCCAAUCACAGCUAUGCCAUUAGUAGGCAUGGCUGUGAUGGCUUCUAAGGGCACACGAGUCAAACGCUUGUUGAUUGGCUGCCCUGCAGCCUUUCAAAAUGCGCCAUUAAAUCGCCGAACUCCAACCCAAACAUACAGUGAUAUGUCCAUGCUCGGGUCCGGGGUUCUAAAAAACAUAAUGUUCGGUACGAAUCCGAACUUUACAGUCCGGGUUCGCUCAACUCUAGUAGAAACCAAUAACACAAGUAGAUAUUACUUGAAGAAUCACAUAAUUCAUAAAAAAAAAAAAAAGUCCGUAUGAACCAUAAAAAUUGUGGCAACUACUAAAUUAUAAGUAGGCAAUGUAGGCCAACAACGUCAGGACCUACAUGCAAAGAUAAAACUAUUGUAAAUAGUACUAAUUAUUUCAAACAGUAGAAUCAAAUUGAUUAGAGACUGUAAUGCAAGAUCAGUAGGUGGUGGGCAAUAGGCAGGACACUGAUUAAAAGGUGGUAACCAGGGGCACAGUAUCCAUUGUGGCAACAGACAUGUAAUAAGCAGGAUAGUAGAAGAUAUUUAGUUGUCCUUCUGAGAACAAGCAACCGCAUACUUAAACUGACCUUAUCUUCAGAUAAUGAUGAAGUACUUAUGGCAGAGCCUGUGGUGGUAAGAUCAUUCUGCAGUUUGUUUUAUCUGCAAAGAUAUCAACACCAGUCCAAGCAUAUAAUCCACAAUAAUAAUAACAAUGCAAUGUUAGGAAUGACCAUCACAUAUAUGGAUUUAGGUACAGAGACCAUGUGAAACAUAUCAGCCAAAUGUUUGUCACAAACAAGCUACAAUAUUAAAUUAUGCAGGAUGACUCAACAGCUUAAAGCGAUACAUUGGCUGCAAAGUCCAGAUAGUAGUGCACCCAAAACAAUCUCCAUGAAUAUCAGAACAGAGGUCAGUAAUGGAACUUCAAGUUCAGCGAUUUCCCUUAAUUUUUCUGGUAGCAAGUGAAUUUUACCUGAAAUAGUAAACCUGGUAGAAUGGUCUGGUGACUGAAGGACCCUCCAAUGUCAUUUAAAAUACUUGCAAUAACCAGCAUCAAAGUUACAUGGAGCAUAUGAGUCCAAAAUUAUACCUUUUAUUGCAGAAUGGAAAUUAUAAUGUUUUAUCUUCACAACAGGGGAAUCUGUGGGAAAGUCUGAUACCUAACCCCUUAAGAACCAAACAAAUGCCAGUACUGACAUUUAAAUGGAUUGCCAAACUCAAGGUCCCCAAGGGAUAAAAUAGCAGAGUACUGAAUAUAACCAAUACCACAUGUUCAACUUAUAAAGAUUAUGCAUUAAGGAAGUUAAUUUAGUUCUAAAGAAUAAUCUAAAGCCUCCAGAGCAUUUAGCUGAAAUCUGAAUAAAAACUAUAAACCGGACCAGGAUUAGUGAAUUUUUUAAAGUAGAAUUUUGCAUACAAUAAAACAUCACUAAAGUUAUGACCAGGUGAAACAAAAGGCCAUUAUCAAUAUAUUUAAAAUCAAAGUUAAAUUAGAUUAGAUACAGUAAAGCAUACCAGUGAAAACAAUUAGGUAAUUGCUUCAAAGUUACCAAGUCAUGGGAGCAAUAAAUAGCCCAAGUAGUGCACCUGCAAACAGCUGGGUCUACUAAGCUGUGCAUCUUAAGUCAGGAAUACAUAUUAAGUUUAAACACUGCCACCAAAGAUUCAGUAUCCUGAUCAGUGGUACCUGGUAAGAGAAAUACUUUGGUAACACCAUAUCUCAUUUAUAUGCAUAGGUGUGAAAACAUAAAGCAGAUUUAACAGCUAUUGAACAUUACCAAAUUACAAAUAAGUAAAUUAAAAUAAAUGUUAAAAAAAAAUUAUAUAUGAAAUUUUGUUGUAACUGUGUUUUUAUAUUAAUACAUACAUAUUUAUAUCAAAAUACACUUAGAAGUUAAUUAUAUAUACUAAGAUUAUUUGAACCCGAUAAAUUGAGACUGUUUUCACAGAACAUCGUGCACAGAUUUUAUCACUCACAUAUACUGAAACUGUGACUAACAGCAACCCAGACACAGAACUUGUGUUAGAUCUAUAUACUUAAGUUGUUUUUAGAACAGAUACACAUGUUAAAUGGACGCCUAUGUAGAGGUUGUAUCUUUUAUAUCUUCACAUGUGUUUCACACUAAAAUAUAGCGCGUGCAUACAUACUGAGGCUGUCUCUUCACAGAACUUAUACACAGAGCAUAUAGUACAGGUAAAAACAGAAAGUGUGCAAUAAAAUGGCGCUACGAAGGUGCCGCCAAAACCCCAAAAAGGAAUAAAUAAACCAAUUCCCCAAAUAUACAACAAUACAACAAAGACACACUAGGUGGCGCACUCAGCAUGCAAACAAAAAGUGAAAAUGCAGAGGAUUUUUUUUUUCCCUCGGGACGGCAUUUGAAGAUACAUAACAGGAAGACGCUAAACGGAAAUAUGUCGCCGGAAGUUCCUGCUACGCCAUUUUACAUACUGGCGAAAUCACAGAAACUGGGACCAAGCUUUUUGUUCCAGGUAUAUCUUGUGUUUUGGUGGAAGGUACAUCCAAUAUGGCAAAGGAGAGGGCUCUUGUCUCAUGUGUACCUGUUUCCGGGUUAAUUUAGAGGGGUAUAUAUUCAUCUAGGUGACCGGACACACUUCAUUACACCUGAUGACCCACUGAGGUCGAAACGCGUUGUUUUUAAAGAAUCUGUAGCUGAAGACUGAAUUUUCAUGUAAGAUUUUACUAUUUUUUUCUGUUUAAUAAAUUAUGUUUAUCUUAUUUGGUGCCUUUCCAUUCACAUAUGUUGGGAGAUAGGCUUUUUGCUGGAGUGAAUACUGUACUACCAUCACCACUUCAAUAAACGCUUGUUUGUUUACAGGCUGUAAAAAAUGUGAGUGGGAUGUGAAUAUAUAAUCCUAUACAUAUAUAUGGGAGAUCUUUAUAUGUUCUUGGACUAUACUGCUCCAUGUCAAGUUCAUUCUUUUACAGCCAUUUACCAAGAAAAUAAACAAAUUGGGUAUUUACUUAUUUAUUUAUUCUGCAUUUGCACUUUUUGUUUGCAUGCAGAGUGCGCCACUUAGUGUGUCUUUGUGAUAGAGCAUAUAGUGCAGACAUAUACUGAGGCUGUGUCCUCAUAGUAACUCAUGCAUAUAGUGGACACACAUACUGAGGCUGAGUGUUCAGACCAAUUCAUACAUAGAACAUGUACACAUUUACUGAGCCUGUGCUCUCAUACCAGCUCAUACACAGAGAUAUCAGCAACACACACUGAGGCUGUGUGAUAACCAACCUAUAAAAGGUCUUCACACCAGUUCAUUCAGAGGAUAUCUUUAUCUCAUAUGCUGAUUUUAGAGAAGCUGGAACAUCCAAACAAUAUAGUAAUUUCCACUCUGAAAAAGUCUGCUUAUGUGCUACAAAGCACAUAUAACAGCAAUCAUUGCCUCAUGCCUUGAUAGUGUCUACAUGGACUAUGUGUCAGGUUGUAAAACCCUUGACACAUACAUUUGUGUAAUUCAAUCAUUCAGUUAGGAAAGCUUUCUCUUAGCGUGUGUCUUCACUGUCUUCAGGACUGUGGUGUUCAGGCAGACUUUAUACAGCCAGGAUAAAAUUAUCAGCACUCUUUUGGAACAUGCAUCCUUGUAAUAUUUGCACACUUUUUGAACAGGUAUCAUUGCAUUUAUAAAUUUACCUAAAUGCUCACCACACAAACCUUCUUAAUGUGACCCAUUUGUUACAAGGAAGCCUAAUAUAAGCAACUGGGAGGAACUGAAAGAAGAGGAACCCAGGUGCCUAAGCUAGUUUUCAAUUUAAAUUACUAAUGCACUCACCUGAGAAGUAAAACAUACUAAACAGCCAUGGAGACAUAUGAAUAGCUGCAGGCCCAAAUUUGAGCAGCAAAUGGGGAUUUGAACAACUGAAACAAACCCCUGUUAUGGUAGAAUAUGGCAUGCCCAGGUAAUCACCUUAUGGAAGUGCUGAUUACUGGGUCUUAAGGGAAAAGAGGCAUAGCCCCAGCUGGGCCUCAUGUAUGCAGUGGACUCCUUUUUUAUCCCCUGAGGGAGGGAGUUAGGUCAAACCCCUGGUCGCUGAAAGAGAUAUCCAUGCAGGCAACUCAUAGAAAUGUGCUGUUGCUGGAUCUUCAGGGAUUAGAGGCUGAACCCUGGCUGGGCCUCAUGUAGGCAGUGGACCAUAUUCAUCCCCUGAGGGAGAGAGUUGGGUCAUACCCCCAGACAAUAAAGGGUUUACCCAGACUGGCACCUCAUAGAGAUGUGCUGUUGCUGGGUCUUCAUGGCUUAGAGGUUGAAUCCUGGCAGGGCCUGAAAAAUAUUGGCCUGAUGAGCAUUAAAAAUAAAAUUAAAAAAAAUUCUAGGCCUGCUUAAGAAAACUUCUUCCAAAUGGCUGUAAAGGACAGGAAAAAGACUGCCUGAUGGGAAGGGGGAGGAUCUAUUUAUACCAACGUCAGAGUUCUAUUUCCUGUCCUUUCGGCUGUGAGGGGAGGAGCAGACCCAUGAGUAAAUGCUACCAUGAUUUAUCAGGAAAUAUUUGUUUAGAAACAAGGCUUUUAUUUUACAUCAACUUUUUAUAUAUGAAACAUAAUUUAAUAUGAAUAAAAUUUAUAAAAAGUGUGAAAAAUUAAGAAAUUAUUUUCUUAGUUCUGCAUGGUGUUUUAACUGUGAAUGUCAUAAUACUGUUAGCUUUUACUCCAAGAAAAUAAACAUUUGUGUUGAGUGAUAUUUCAACAGUACUGGGGGGCAUGUACAGGUUUUAUGGGUUUGGAAAGUCAAAUAUAGGGCUUUCCUCCUUUUCAAUUUUUACACAUUGAAAUUUGUCAGAUUGGUUUGCGAGGCCCAUGUUGCCUUUUUUGAAACUGUAUGGCAGCCCAGGAAUGAAAAUUACCCCCAUUGUGGCAUACCAUUUUGAAUACCCAGGGUAUGUACAGUCUUCUUGUGGUGGUUAUUUUUUUUUUUUUUUAUUUAUUUUUUUUUUAUUUUUUUUUUUUUGUAGUCACAAAUCCUGGCCAAUACGUGGGUUGCCAGGCAGGUCCCUCAAAUUGUAAUUGAUAAAAUCAUAUAAGAAUGUAAAAAGAUUACAUACAUAUACACGGGCAAGAGCUGUCUUGUGCUAAUUUAGCUCACUAGCUUAGAGUGUCAGUCUGGGCUUUGCUAUGGUAAUGCGUUUUCCAGCAGCUCUGCCGGGUUCCUCUUGCGAGAUCUGAGCGUUGGCACGGCAAUGCUCAGAUCUCGGGAAAGUGAACUCUAGCCCUCUCCACUGGACCACCAGGGGGAUAUUAACUGAUCUGCCCCCACCUCCACUCCCACAAUCACCUAAACAUACAGCACACACACAGCACCUACACACAUACAGCACCCUCUCACACACACACAAAGCACCUUCACACACACAGCACACUACCAGCACCCUCACACUGCACACUAACAGCAUGGUGUGUGUGUGUGUGUGUAUAUAUAUAUAUAUCUAUAUAUAUCUCUAUAUCUGUCUGUCCGUACAUACAUGCGUGUAUGCGCGGCACACUAAUGCAAUGUGCUGCGCAUGCCUGUGAACUGAUAAAUGGACACUUUUCCUGGCAUCUUCACACUUCUUCAGACACUCAUUGAUGCUGUGCUUUGUAUCUGAAUAGAGUUUGUGCCUAUCUCUAUUCAGAGAGAAAGCAUAGCAGUCCUGUGUCUGAAGAGCAGUGAAGCUGACAGGAGAUCCUCUGACUGCCAUGGUUGUUCCCAUAUUGGCACAUUCAAUGCCAGGUUGGAGGGAACUAUGUUGCUCUCUUCAUCUUGAGACUGUACUUACAGUGCAUAACCAGGUGGAGAAAGUUUGUUCUUUCUUCUGGCAUCUAUAUAUGACAACUAUGCACGAUGCCUGCUUUUCCUGCAUUCCUAGGGAUGAGACACUGGUUAGAUCAGUGUUACCCAGGGUGGGCAUGGAUAGUGCACAGAUACAGUUACAAGAAAAAGUAUGUGAACACUUUGGAAUGAUACGUAUUUCUGCACAAAUUGGUCAUGAAAUGUGAUCUGAUCAUCAUCUAAGUCACAACAAUAGACAAUCACAGUAUGCUUAAACUAAUAACACACAAAGAAUGAAAUGUUGCAAUGUUUUUAUUGAACACAACAUGUAAACAUUCACAGUGCAGGUGGAAAAAGUAUGUGAACCCCUAGACUAAUGACAUCUCCAAGAGCUAAUUGGAGUGAGAUGUCAGCCAACUGGAGUCCAAUCAAUGAGAUGAGAGUGGAGGUGUUGGUUACAGCUGCCCUGCCCUAUAAAAACACACACACCAGUUCUGGGUUUGCUUUUCACAAGAAGCAUUGCCUGAUGUGAAUGAUGCCUCGCACAAAAGAGCUCUCAGAAGACCUACGAUUAAGAAUUGUUGACUUUCAUAAAGCUGGAAAGGGUUAUAAAAGUAUCUCCAAAAGCCUUGCUGUUCAUCAGUCAAGGGUAAGACAAAUUGUCUAUAAAUGGACAAAGUUCAGCACUGCUGCUACUCUCCCUAGGAGUGGCCGUCCUGUAAAGAUGACUGCACAGCACAGACUGCUCAAUGAGGUGAAGAAGAAUCCUAGAGUGUCAGCUAAGGACUUACAAAAGUCACUGGCAAAUGCUAAAAUCCCUGUUAGCGAAUCUACAAUAUGUAAAACACUAAACAAGAAUGGAUUUCAUGGGAGGAUACCACAAAGGAAGUCCCUGCUGUCCAAACAAAACAUUGCUGCACGUUUACAGUUUGCACAAGAGCACCUGGAUGUUCCACAGCAGUACUGGCAAAAUAUUCUGUGGACAGAUGAAACCAAAGUUGAGUUGUUUGGAAGAAACACACAACACUGUGUGUGGCAAAAAAAAAGGCACAGCACACCAACAUCAAAACCUCGUCCCAACUGUGAAGUAUGGUGGUGGGGGCAUCAUGGUUUGGGGCUGCUUUGCUGCGUCAGGGCCUGGACGGAUUGCUAUCAUCGAAUAAAAAAUGAAUUCCCAAGUUUAUCAAGACAUUUUGCAGGAGAACUUAAGGCCAUCUGUCUUACCACCUGAAGCUCAACAAAAGAUGGGUGUUGCAACAGGACAAUGACCCAAAGCAUAGAAGUAAAACAACAACAGAAUGGCUUAAACAGAAGAAAAUACGCCUUCUGAAGUGGCCCAGUCAGAGUCCUGACCUCAACCCGAUUGAGCUGCUGUGGCAUGACCUCAAGAAAGUGAUUCACACCAGACAUCCCAAGAAUAUUGCUGAACUGAAACUGUAAAGAGGAAUGGUCAAGAAUUACUUCUGACCGUUGUGCACGUCUGAUCUGCAACUACAGGAAAUGUUUGGUUGAAGUUAUUGCUGCCAAAGGAGGUUCAACCAGUUAUUAAAUCCAAGGGUUCGCAUACAUUUUCCACCUGCACUGUGAAUGUUUACAUGGUGUGUUCAAUAAAAACAUGGCAACAUUUCAUUCUUUGUGUGUUAUUAGUUUAAGCAGACUGUGAUUGUCUAUUGUUGUGACUUAGAUGAUGAUCAGAUCACAUUUAAUGACCAAUUUGUGCAGAAAUCCAUAUCAUUCCAAAGGGUUCACAUACUUUUUCUUGCAACUGUACAGAAAGAAACCAUCCUGAGUUAUGUGAUUAGUAGUAAAACUGUCUAAAAAUGUUGAUAAAAUUAUGGAUUGUAUCUAACAGCAGCAUGUUACUUGUGUUUUCUGUGCAUUUCAUUUAUUUGCAUGGAUAGUUUCUUUAACGUUUUUUUUUCUCUCAAGAUGGAUACACUUUCUAUUCUGUGUCCCAGGAAAAAUUCCUAGAUGAACUGGAAAAUGAAGCAAAAGUGGCACGAGCCAAUUUUCCUAAAACUUCUGCCAACUGAACAGAAUCAUUUUAGAUGGGGACCGUCUUCAUAUGAAGGAGCUGGAGGACUUAUUUUCAAUACUUUGCCUAUUAAAGUCUGUGUAUCCCAAGAAACAUGAUCAUUCAUCUAGGAGUUGGGUUGUUUACAAUCUUUUCAGAUUGCAGUAGUUUGGCUUGUCUAUAUUGAUUAUGCUAGUAUAUUUAAAAUAAAGUGCUUUCUAUGAACUGAGUUUGUCCUGAAACAGACCUGGAAUACUUGAUUUAAAAUGGUUGUAUAGUGACAUUUUUUACAUGUGUAAGUCCCUUAUUUUUAUAAUUUUCUAUUAUAAUAAAUGGGGAAUCAUUGUAAUGGAAAUUUGCACUGUAAAUUGCUCUGUUUAUUUUUAUUUGGGCUCCACUGGCAGAUAAUACAUGAGAAAGGAAAAACAUGCAAAUAAGAUACUCCUUUUUUUUAAACUUUUGCUAAAAAUCUGAAAUUUGCAUUUACCGUAUAGUUAACAAAUCCUGCUGACACAGCAGUCUGAGAGUCCAUCCACCAUAACCACUUUAAUAAGUGCAAGUGGUUAUGGUGCUUUGAGUGCAGGAAUGUGUAGUACAAGAUUGUGUGUGCUUUCGUGAAGUAAUUAUCCACUAUAAUAUCACAUGUCAAAUUCGUAAGGCUAUAGGCAAUAGAAUAAAGGUAGGCAGGAACAGAAAUCUCAUUGUGCAAUAACCUACAUGAAGGAUAAGUGGCUUUUUCAGAAAAUAUUUUACACUGUUUGGAUUGUGUGGUAUUGGUAAUACUGAGAGGGACUGAGUUUUUCUCAUCUAUCUAGCUGUCACAUUAUAGUCAAUUAUAUUUUAUUCCAAUAGGGGCUGCUCUUACACAACACUUAAUCUACAGCAGUGCAAUAGAAAUUCUGGAAAUGUCGCACAUGUUACUUGGGUUAUCUUCUUCCAUCUCCAACUGACUUUUAGUAACAGAUGAAGUAGUUUCCUAGUAAGUCUAUCUUUAUGUUUGAUAUUUGACAGCAUUUUUUAAUAUCACG